CCAACAUCCCCGACAUUCUAUCGUUGGCGGCACACUGAGCUUCCUUAUUCAUUUUACAUGUGGAGUGAGCCCUCACUGUAAUACACGAUCUGUGGCAGCGCAGCGCUAAUGCCUGCUGUGGUGUCUGACUCCGGGAGGAUGGACGCUGUGGCGCUGGGACCCUGCCCUUCAUGUCCUGUCAGUCUGGAGGCCACAGCGGCCACAGCUGCUCCAAACUGUACCACAGACUCGGAGGAGGACGCUGUCAAUGGAGGGAUGCUCUCCUUCAACCAGACACACAUGAGGAAAGCAUUCCAGUUGAUGGAUGAUCUUAGGAGUAAAAAGAUGCUGUGUGAUGUCCAGCUGGUAGCAGGCAGUGUUGAAGUACCAGCUCAUAGGGUGGUCCUGGCCUCAUGUAGCCCCUACUUUUGUGCCAUGUUCACAGGUGAUAUGAGUGAAAGCAAAGCUCAUCAGGUGGAGAUCAGAGAGGUGGAUGGUCAGACCCUGAGAAAACUGGUGGACUACAUCUACACAGCUGAGAUCGAGGUCACAGAGGACAAUGUCCAGGUUCUCCUGCCAGCCGCCAGCCUCCUGCAGCUGAUGGAUGUUCGGCAGGUUUGCUGUGAGUUCCUCCAGUCCCAGCUUCACCCCACCAACUGUUUGGGCAUCAGAGGGUUUGCUGACCUGCACACAUGCACACAGCUCCUCAACCAGGCCCACGCAUAUGCUGAGCAGCAUUUCAGCGAGGUGGUGCAGGGAGAGGAGUUCCUCGGGCUUUCUCUGCAGCAAGUGUGCACCCUGAUCUCCAGUGACAAACUCACCGUCUCCACAGAGGAGAAGGUGUUUGAGGCUAUGAUAGCUUGGAUCAAGCACGAUAAGCCGGCUCGUUUGGAGUUUAUGCCCAAACUGAUGGAACAUGUCAGACUUCCACUGCUGUCCAGGGAUUACCUGGUGCAGAUCGUGGAGGAAGAGGCCUUGAUAAAGAACAACAACACCUGUAAAGACUUCCUCAUAGAAGCAAUGAAGUAUCACCUGCUGCCAGCUGACCAGCGGCACCUCAUCAAGACGGACAGGACCCGACCGCGAACCCCUAUCAGCAUCCCCAAGGUGAUGAUCGUGGUGGGCGGUCAGGCUCCCAAGGCCAUCCGCAGCGUGGAAUGCUACGACUUCCAGGAGGACCGCUGGUACCAAGUCGCCGACCUCCCUUCAAGACGCUGUCGCGCAGGCGUGGUGUCCAUGGGGGGCCUGGUCUAUGCGGUCGGAGGGUUCAACAGUUCGCUGCGCGAGCGAACCGUGGACGUGUACGACGGCGCGAGGGACCAGUGGAGCGCCGUCACCAGCAUGCAGGAGCGCCGCAGUACACUGGGAGCUGCCGUGCUGGGAGACCUGCUGUACGCGGUGGGAGGCUUCAACGGAAGCAUAGGUUUGUCAACAGUAGAAGCCUACAGUUACAAAAGCAACGAGUGGAUGUACGUGGCCUCCAUGAACACGCGGCGCAGCAGCGUGGGCGUAGGCGUGGUCGACGGGAAGCUCUACGCAGUCGGAGGCUACGAUGGAGCGUCCCGCCAGUGCCUCAGUACAGUGGAGGAGUACGACCCCAUCACCAAUCAGUGGUGCUAUGUGGCUGAGAUGAGCACGCGGCGCAGCGGCGCAGGCGUGGGUGUCUUAGGAGGUCAACUGUACGCCGCAGGAGGACACGACGGACCCCUGGUGAGGAAGAGCGUGGAGGUGUUCGACCCACAGACCAACUCCUGGAGGCUGGUGUGUGAUAUGAACAUGUGCAGACGAAACGCAGGUGUCUGUGCCAUCAACGGGCUGCUGUAUGUCAUUGGAGGAGACGACGGCUCCUGUAACCUUUCCUCCGUAGAGUUUUACAACCCAGCGACAGAUAAGUGGAGCCUCAUCCCCACCAACAUGAGCAACGGACGCAGCUACGCGGGAGUCGCAGUGAUUGACAAGCCGCUAUGACCACAAGCCUCCCACCGCAGCAGCUCUGCGUCGGCAGCUUGUUUCACAGAGACUCACACUGACGUCUGAAGCUCGACAGGCGAACGGAGAAGCAAAGACGAACACCAAGUGCCUCGGCCGACGCGAUCCCCGAGGACGUGGAAGUCGCUUGGCGCUCAACCACUUCCUGCUGCGUCGCUGUCUCCACGCCGCCACUAGAGCCCCGUCAGUUCCUGACACCUGCUGCACUCAGUGAGAAGCAGCUGCGAUGUGGGCGUGACCAACCGUGUAAUUAGCGGCGACCUCCAUUCAGGUCCAAACUAAUUAUUCCUGAACCAGACGAACAGCAGUUGAGAAGAGGGUUCGUACGUGGAGUUUCACAGCAGGAGGCUGUGACCGGUGACACGUCUUUGACAGACAGACGUCCGCCACGAAUCCCAGGUGAGACGCACUGGACACAGACAGAAGACACCACUAUGUUGUAGGCACAAUAAACUAGAGGGAGGAGGUUUGUAGGAAACCAAGGUCUGUUUACGCUGUAAAAACUAAAAUGUGUAGUUUCCAUCUUUUGGGUAACGAUGAGAACUGGAAUGUUUCAGAUGCAGCACAUGGUUUUUCAGAUCUUCGUUCCCCUUCCUAUUGAACUUAUUCAUAAUAAUAUUUAUUUUCUGCAGUGCCGAAGUGAACAUUGUGCUGACAACAGUAGUAAAAACCGUUUAAGCAGUGUGAAAGUAGUCCAACCGAUCACUCGCGACCUUAUACUGUAAAACCCCCACAAACGUUUAUUAUUGCGGCAUCUUCAUGGCACAAAUAGAAACAAUACAUCAUAUUUCUCAUUAUGUUCUUGAUGCCAUGCAAGCCCACUACAGUACUGCUGCUAGGUUAACGUGUUACACGCAGCGUGUUUGAGUAGCCACACACACACACACGCACGCACACACGCACACACAGUGCCAGACUAGCGUCUACAAUUGGCGAGUAGAUACAAAAUGAUUAUUAUUGUCACUAUCAUACAGAAUAAUGGUUAGAAUAGCAAUAGUUAUAAUAAAAAUGAAACGCGUCACCACAAUGUCACAAAUGUAAUGAUUCAAAGGGGCUGAAAGUAAAGGUUGAAAUAACUUACAUUUUGUUUUGUUAAUUCCUUUGGGUGUUUUUAAUUUUAUGUACAGUACAUAUUUAUAUUUGUAUAGAAGUAGUGCUUCAUUCUUAGAGAAACAAAUGGACAAACACAAAGGGCUGCAUCCUCUGAAUGCUGUGCAAAUAACUUCUUUUUUUUUUUAAGCAUCUAACAUUUUUUUUAAAUAUCAAACACACCCCAUUGCAUCCUUCAAACAUGGCGUCUAAUCUUUAAGCUUGUCCCAAACUUCAAUUCUGAACCAUCAUCUUUUUUUGCUACAGCCGGCUUCCAUCGCGGCGGGUCAAAUCAUCUACACAGCACAAAAGCACUCGUCUUUUAUCGUGUGUCAGUGGCUUCUACAUCCUAAAACAGCUGUCCACUAGCUGACUGACUAAAAGUCAAGCAAACGCUCUGUCCCUUGGUCUCUACAAGGAAGAAUGUUUUGAAUCUCAAACUGGACUUUCUUCUUCUCUUCAGCUCAUUUUACCUGCCAGCAGGAAACGAGAACCACCACUCCCGUAAACAGGACUGUGGCAUCAGACUAAACCAGUUAACCAGAUUGGUUUUUUAAAUCAGUGCUCGCAAACGUGGCACCUCGACAGCCAAUCGGCCUCAAACAUGAGGCUGUUUUCACCAACAGCCAGUAACUAUCCCCAGGAGCUGCCAGCUGAGCUGAGCUGACACCCGACCGGGUCGAAGCCUGCAACCGCAGGUCCUGGCUCCUCUUAGUGUUUACUAAUCUGAAAACCUGCCACGUCGUCACGCAGCAAAACAAACGCGUGAACUAAAAGCUGAAAAACAAGAACCUCAAAAUGUCAAAACCACCUUCAAAAUAAAAUCUACUCAGCAGCGUAGCACCGCUUGAGCCCCUUCGGCCUAAUGCUGCCUGUAAGUACAGCUGACAUCUCGCUCAGGUCGCUUUAAAAGCACAAAGCUCAGGAACAAGCGUAGACUCACAUUAAAACAUCCUCGUUUCAAAUAUCACCAACGUAGAAAAAAAAAGGAAAGAAAUGAAACUGAAAACCAUAAUCGGUCUAAACAAUAGCUCCAAAGUCAAACUUGUCUUGUCUUUUAAAACAACACACAGUUUUAUAAACUCACUGAAUGAAUGUUAAAAUCUGUCAGUGAAGCAUCUGGGAUGUGAGGAUGUGGCGUCAUCAAAUAAUCGGCCUUUAAAGACUCGUCUCCCAGACGCGAGGCCAGACAGUCCCAACAGUGUAAAAUGCCAGUCCUCGAGCUGUCCAGUAAAUCCCCCAGUGAGAGGGAAGAACACAAAGAACAGAAGUGUUUAAAUGGAAAAAAGUCUAAACAUCUGCUUUCCUCAGACGAGGGAAGAACAAAGUAAGAGUCCAGUCGCGAGAAAAAGGCGAUGCUGAUGAUUCCUCUGCUUUUAACCUGCAGGUGUGUUUCCAGAUGAGGCAGCAGGAAAUGGUCGGGUUUUUUUGGAGGGUGAAGCUGCUGGAUUCACAUCAUGCAAAAUAACUGAAUGACUCUUGUCAUGUAUGAAGUAAAGUAUACUGAGCUUUGCUAAAGGCUGUGAUCAGUGCCGUAGCUGACUUCAAUCCUGAUAUGAAUAAAUGACUGAAUGAUAUUAAUAAUGUUUUGAGAUCAAAAGUCUUAAAACCUGUUCAGUGAUUUGUUUUCGCCUCAGGUGACAAUGAAUUUAAAAGCCAGGCCUGUUUGUUAAAAUGUGCCAUGUAUUAAAUUAAAUGUACUAAUUGCCUGCA